AUGGCUCAUCACCACCUACUCUUCAUCACCUUCUUCUUCCUCAUCUCCUUCUCCACCGGUGAUGACGCCGUCGUCAUGUCAAAGCUAUCCACCUCUAUUUUUCCUACUCCAUCCACCUGGAAGACCAACAACUUCUGUGAUUGGGAAGGAAUCACAUGUGACAACUCCAACCGUGUUACCUCCGUCAAUUUAUCUUCUAAAUCACUUACUGGAACUCUCCCACUUGACCUCAACAACCUUUCACAACUCAAAACCCUCGCUCUUCAAAGAAACUCACUCUCCGGUGACUUACCUACUUUAGCUAAUCUCACCCUCCUAGAACAAGUAUUACUCGACAACAACAAUUUCGUUUCAGUUCCUUCCGGAUUUUUUUCUGGUCUCACCAAUCUCCAGACCAUUAGCAUUAGCGAUAAUCCAAAUUUGUCGCCAUGGAGUCUCCCUAACGACCUCACUCAAAGUGCCAGCUUACAAUCAUUUGCAGCGAGCAAUGCUAACAUUAUCGGUUCCAUUCCGGACAUUUUUUAUAAUUUCCCUAAUUUGGAGAACUUGAGAUUAUCUUACAAUAAUCUCAUCGGAGCCCUCCCUGCAUCUUUUGGUGGGUCAAAAAUUGUCAAUUUAUGGCUAAACAAUCAGGAGCAAGGCCUUUCUGGCUCCCUUGAUGUAAUUUCUUCCAUGACUCAUCUUAGUCAAGUUUGGUUACAAGCUAAUGCAUUCACCGGUACAAUACCGGAUCUAUCAAAAUGCAUCAAUAUAUUUGAUUUGCAACUUAGGGAUAAUCAAUUAACAGGUUUAGUUCCUAAUUCUUUGACGUCUCUCCCUAACUUAGCCAACAUUACCUUAGAAAACAACAAGUUACAGGGCCCAAUGCCAGUAUUUCAAAGUAGUGUAGCAGCUACAUUAGGAUCAAAUAACAAUUUUUGUUUAGCUACGCCUGGAAAUUGUGACCCACAAGUGACGUCCCUCCUUGAAGUUGCCGGAGCUCUAGGGUAUCCAAUAUCAUUAGCUGUAUCUUGGGAGGGCAAUAAUGCUUGUGCCCAUUGGUCCUUUAUUAGUUGUGAUUCUUCUACGGAGAAUGUGACCAUUGUAAACUUUUCAAAACAAAAAUUCUCGGGUACUAUUUCACCUUCCUUUAGGAACCUGAUUUCAUUGAAGAGUUUAUUAUUGAGUGACAAUAAUCUCACAGGUUCUAUUCCCACGAUCUUGACAUCUUUGCCAAAUCUUCAACUUCUUGAUGUGUCAUACAAUAAUCUAUCUGGAAUUAUACCUGAAUUCCCACAACAUGUGAGGUUUUUACAUGGAAACAAUCCUCUAUUGGGUCAAACCAUUCCUAGUGGUUCAGGUGGGAGCCCACUUCAACAUCCAAAGGGGUCGCUUGUUUCAACUGGUAUGGUUAUUGGUAUUGUGAUUAGUGUUCUUGUAUUCGUUGGGAUUGUGUCAUGUGCAUGUUACUAUAAGUGUUAUGGAGCUCCUACCAAAUUACAUAACACUGAUCAUAACGAGAUGCCUAUUCCUGAAAAUGGAAAUUUAAUGAUUUCCAUCCAAGUGCUUGACCAAGUCACGAAUCAUUUCAGUGACAACAAUGUGUUGGGGAGAGGUGGAUUUGGAACCGUUUAUAAAGGCGAGUUAGAUGAUGGAACAAUGGUUGCAGUCAAGAGGAUGAAAUCUGAUGUGAUGGGAACAAAAGGGAUGAAAGAGUUUCGAGCGGAAAUUGAAGUUUUAACUAAAGUUAGGCAUAGACAUCUUGUGGCUCUUCUUGGUUAUUGUAUUGAUGGCAACGAUAGGCUUUUGGUAUAUGAAUACAUGCAACAAGGAACUUUAAGUCAACAUUUGUUUGAUUGGAGAGGCCUCGAAACCCCUCCUCUUAGUUGGAAACAAAGGGUUACAGUUGCUUUAGACGUGGGAAGAGGAGUUGAGUAUCUGCAUAGUUUAGCACAACAAAGCUUCAUUCAUCGAGACUUAAAGUCGGCGAACAUCCUUCUUGAUGAUGACAUGAGAGCAAAGGUAGCAGAUUUUGGUUUGGUUAAGAUUGUGCUUAAAGGUAUGUACUCUGUUGAGACAAGAUUGGCUGGGACUUUUGGUUAUCUACCACCAGAGUAUGCCGGCACCGGGAGGGUGACGAGAAAGGUGGAUGUUUAUGCAUUUGGAGUAGUUUUAAUGGAGUUGGUUUCCGGCAGAAAAGCUAUUGAUGAAACUUUGUCAGAUGAGAGUUGUCAUUUGGCUACAUGGUUUAGAAGGUUCCUUGUCUCCAAGGAAAACAUUACAAAUUGUAUAGAUCAAGUUCUAGACACUAGUGAUGAAGUAACCCUUGAAAGCAUUUUCAAGGUAGCCGAGCUCGCAGGCCACUGUACUGCAUGUGACCCGUUUAAGAGACCUAACAUGAGUUAUGUGGUUAACGUGUUGGGUCCUCUUGUAGAGCAAUGGGAACCCUCUCAACUAAACGAAGAUCAAACAUAUCAUCGCCACCAUAUAAGCCUUCCACAUGUUCUUCAAGUCAAUGAGGAUACAAAUAGUAUGUUGUUCAAUGUCUUUCCGCCAAAUUCAAUUUAGCAUUCCCACCCUUCAGAAUUUUUUUAAACAUGGUGAUGUAAUAAGUCAACUCUUGUCAAACUUUAUUUGUUUUACUAUACAUGAUCAAGAAUAGCUCAUUAAAUUA